GGUAAAAAUCGACACCGUCUGCGAACAACAACAAAGUUCGGUUCUCCAUUAAACCAGAUGCCAAGGAUUCUGACGUCAACGCACGAUGAGGCUUCGUCUCCCACUAGGAGAGCCGGCUUCAUGGUUGGAUGUCCUCGGCGCAGAUGCGACUUCUGAAAAGGGACGUCCCGGCGCCUCUGACGCCGACGGCGACGACGAACUCGGGAAGACGUCGAUCAGCAGUCCGUGAGAUGUCGUCGACACGAACGGACACCUCCUAACCGCCCUCGUCGUCCUCGCGUUUCCGUGUGUGUUUUCGUGUGCGCGUUUCGUGGAGCGUGUGCUGACGCGUGAACAUACUACGCAGACCAGAGAGCCACGCAUCCUCGGGUUUCCCGGCUGGUAAAUCUGCCGGCAGACGCGCGCGAUCAUCGAUUCGCAAGCUGCCUUCGCGAGAGCUUGAAGAGCGAUAGGGGAAUCCUGACGGAGACCGGAACUCGCCGUUUCCAUCGAGGAAUCUCCGUACGAAAAGGAAACGUGUCGUCGUGGUGGCGCAUCGCGAACAUUUCGGAUAUUUUCGAACAUCGUCCACGAACAGGGAACGUGACUCGCGUGACAAACGCCGAAACACCAGAAGGGGAAAGUAUCGAAAAGUGUUCGAGGUACCUCGGGGCUGAUAUCGCCGGUGCAAGGUGCACGGACCCUUCUGAUUAGUCUUCCAAAAUGAGACUGUUAAUCGCGCGGCGGUACACCUGUGGUCUAUUGUCAUGCUAAACGCGCGGUGCAGCGCUGGAUUCGCGAGAAACGAGCCACGAGACGCCGCCAGACUCGUCCACGAAUCGAUAAAGUGGAGCGUGGCUUCCCGGCGGUGGAGAAACUCCAAAGUCUGACCGCGCGGGUUUUCUUCCCUGGUUUCUGUCAGAGGGUGGAAAGGAACAAGACUUCGCCAGGAUGGUCACCUGCUGGGUCCUGACCGGCGUCUUCGGGGGCAUCGUGCUGCUCUACGGCCUAAUAGAGAUCCACUACUUCCUGCGCAUGUUCUUCACCGUUUUCUUCGCGCGUUUCUGCAAGAAAAAGGUUCACAUCCUCGACGAGACCACUGUUUACGGAGUUUGCACCACUACGGAUGUGGACACGCUUCUUUACCACAUGAACAACGCUAGGUAUCUGCGCGAGUUGGACUUCGCCAGAGCGGAUUUCUACGAGAGGACGAGCUUGUAUCGCGAAAUCUGUUCGCAAGGAUCGGGAGUCGUGCAAGGUGCAGCGACCAUUCGUUAUCGUCGAUUCCUCAAGCCUCUGUCUAUCUUUAAAAUAACAUCUAAGAUCAUAUAUUGGGACGAGAAGUCCGUGUUUAUGGAGCACCGGUUCAUCACUCCCAACGACGGUUUCGUCAGGGCAAUCGCGAUUUGCAAACAGAGACUCCUGGACUGCAGCGCCGAGGCCGUAAUCGGUUCCCUCAUGGAGCGAGGCGUGAAGCAAAAUGGAAGCGUAGAAGCGGGUGUAACUCAGAUACCGCACGUGAGGCCACAGAUGCCACCGGAAGUCGCCAGGUGGUUGGAGAGCAACGAAAUCUCGUCGGCGCUGCUUCGUCAGGCACCGGCAGUGACGUCGAACUGCUGACAAAGAGAGGACACGCCGUCAACCGCGAACGGCGUCGUCUCCACUUCCGUUUACGCGACCACGACGGUAUAAGCACGAUCGCUCUGGAUCAAUUUUUUCUCUUCGAGACGGCAGGGUACGAGCGAUCGUUACGCUUAAAACUUUUAUUGAUCGUAGCCUCGGUCGUCGUCACUUAAAGAUUGAUUCGACGCGAAUGGGAUCGGAGGCGUGAACGCGUACAAGGUGUCAAAGAAAGUACCUUUCGAUCAAUGGGAAACAAAAAGAUAUAGAGUACAAAGACAGAUAGACGUGAAACUAUUUUGUUACACGACAGUGAUGGUUUCCGAUCGUGACGUUGCCUCUUUGCGCACGGAGAAUAAACGUGUCCACGGACGAGUCGAUGUUUCAAUGGAUUUAUUUACGAAGUAUAUUACGAAAGGCUGCCGGCCGACCGUAGAACGGGAUGCCAGAGUGACUUUCAAGAAAUUUGCACCUAUAAAUGAUAGAGAUGUACUUCGAUGGAGCUUCCAAAGCUUGAAAGGUCGCCUUUAUUGAAUACUUUGUUAAAAGUUACCGCGAUACGCAAAGCGUUAUUUACAUUUUUUAUUAUGUGCGUGACUGGCGUCGGUAACGACUCGCGUGGAGGGAAAGUCGAAUACUUGUAGUUCGUCGCAGGAUAGCAGAAAUGGAACAAUCUAUUUUACAAACGCGUUGAGAGACCGGUGUUUAUAUUUCUAUUGGGUGAAACGGAACGUUUUUGCGUUCUCCGCAAAAUGGUGUUGGUGUAAAUCUUUAUCCGUUUUUUUUUUUUAAGUAAUACAAUGCAUAUUCGUGGCGUGCAAUGAGGAAGGCACCAAAACUCACCUUGAAAAAUUAUUUGCAGUCCAAAGAAGCAAUGAUCUGUGUUGUGACUCGUUGGGUACACAACGAAUAAUUCAUUACGUGUUUCUCCGAUCCAGCCGAACGGUAAUUAACAAUGCUGAUGAGCUCUUUUCCGCCAGGAUAACGCUCGGUUCGAUGUUAAUUUAUUAAUGUCACAAAAAUUAAGAAUUUCAGUUGGAAAAUUUUCUAUUACUUACCAUAAUUGAGAAACCAUUUGCAUACAAAUUCGAAAUUAAAAAGUUUAAUGAUUGUUGUUGUUCGUCAAAGAGAUUGCAAGGACAUUCCGUUGUACUGAAUAAAAUACACUGGACGUGCCUUUAUGUGAAUCGUGAUGGAACGUCGCCGUCCUGCGAUUAUCGAGCAUUUGGAGUGUGAUAUUUUCAGCUUUAUGACUGUCGUGUUAAUCACCUGGCCAAUUAAUGUCGUCUUAAAGUCUUCUCAUUACGUUUUUAGCUAUAGAAAAUAUUUAUCCGACGGCAGUCAUAUCGGCAUGAUACUUGCAACCGACUUUUUGAAUUAAUAUGUAUAUUAUUCGUUACUGACGCCAUUUCUAUCAGUGGAUUUCUGAGGGUUACGAUUCACCGAACUUCGGAUUAAAUCGGCAUUGUAGUAUGGUCAUUAAGUAGCCAACGACGUAGCCAGUCUCGACAGUAGCAUUGCGCGUCUACGCGCCCGGAGACGUUACUAUACUUCUAGAUAAUAAUAAUAUCACUGUGUCAGAUAAUACUGUGUUGAUAAUCAUGUCGUUGAACCACUGUCCAGAUGGAGCAAUAAAUAUUCUUUAGAUGGG